AUGCUCCAUGGCCAGAACUGCGUGUCCGCUUGGGCAGUGCUGACCGCAGUGCUGAUUGGGAGUUUUCAAGUCUUCCCUCCUUGGCGGUCGGGGGAGAAGCCAAAGGAGCCAAAGCGAAUGCGAAAGAGAAUGUCUGAGAACGGUAGCCGGGUUUCCAAGGAGAGCGGUGGCCGUGCUGCUGUGAAUCGCUUACCGCCCCUAGCACUUUCCUCGGUGCUGUCGAUUGCCGUUAUCCUUGGGCUACGGCGUGCCUGGCGUCGAGAAGACAAUCUGUGGGCCAGUUUCCUUACAGGCGUCCUCAUCACUGCGGCUCCCGCGGCCGUGGUAGCAUCGGUUUGGUUUGUCAAGUGCCUGGUCGACAUCUGCACAGGUAGCCGGACGGCUAGCAAGAAGCGAGCCUGA